AGGUUCAGUCUCAAUCAUUUUUAUUCUAUGUUUUCCAUUCUAGCUAUACGUCAUAUGUUAAAUGCCAACAGAAGGAAAAUUGACGUUGAGAAAAAAUCGUUCUUCGCUCUUCUCCUCUCAUACGUUGAAGAUAGCAAUGGCUGCCGGUACCUUAUAUACUUAUCCUGAUAAUUUCCGUGCUGCCAAAGCACUGAUUGCAGCACAAUAUGCAAAGGCAAACGUCAAAUUGGAACCAAAUUUUGUUUUAGGAGAAUCAAAUAAAUCGAAAGACUUUUUGAAAAAGUUUCCUAGUGGCAAAGUACCGGCUUUUCAAUCUAAGGAUGGAUUAUGCCUUCAAGAAAGCAACUCUAUAGCUUACUACCUUGCAAACGAUCAACUGAGAGGUAAAUCUGAUGCUGAUAAAGCUGAAAUUUUACAAUGGAUUGGAUUUGCCGAAUCAGAUGUUCUGCCAUCUUCCUGUGCCUGGAUUUUCCCUAUUUUGGGAAUCAUCAAACCAGCUGCAAAUACCCCUGAGGUUACACAAGCUCUCCAGAGGGCAAAAGAAGAUUUGAAACAAGCCCUUGUUAUUUUAAACAAUCAUUUGUUAACCCGUACCUAUCUGGUAGGUCAACGUAUUACUUUAGCCGACAUCAUUGUAUUCUGCAAUCUUCUCUAUGCAUACAAAUAUGCAAUGGAUCCCGAGUACAGAAAACCAUUCGCCAACGUUAACAGGUGGUUCGAAACUUUGGCCAAUCAACCUGAAUUCAAGGCUGUUAUUGGAGAAACAGAAUUAUGCUCUAAACCAGCUCAAGUCACAUCGUGUCAAGCAGCUGCUGGAGGAGAUUGCAAAAAGAAGAAUAAGCAACAGCCAGCAAAGAAAGAAGAAAAAAAAGAGGAAGAAGAAAAAGAUGCUGCAGAUGAAAUCUUGGCAGCAGAGCCCAUAAGUAAAAACCCAUUCGAUUCAAUGCCAAAAGGUACCUUUGUGAUGGACGAUUUCAAAAAAUCCUACUCCAAUGAAGAUGAAUCAGUAUCCAUCCCCUACUUUUGGGACAAAUUCGAUCCAGAAAACUACUCAAUCUGGUUCUGUGAAUACAAAUACCCAGAAGAGCUCUCCAAAGUGUUCAUGAGCUGUAACCUAAUCACUGGAAUGUUCCAACGUUUGGAUAAAAUGCGUAAAGCUGCCUUCGCAUCGAUGUGUCUGUUCGGUAAAGAUAAUGACAGUUCCAUCUCUGGAAUUUGGGUAUGGAGAGGCCAAGAUCUUGCAUUUACACUUUCCCCCGAUUGGCAAAUAGAUUUCGAGAGUUAUGACUGGAAAAAGAUUGACCCUAAAGAUGCUAAAACUAAAGAAUUAGUUAAGCAAUACUUCUCAUGGACUGGUAAAGAUAAAUCAGGCAGGGAGUUCAAUCAAGGAAAAAUCUUCAAAUAAAUUAAGACAUUGACACUUUCAGAAUAAAGCUUUUACAAACUCACUUAGGAGAUAAAUCGAAAGUGUUUUUUAUACAACUUGUUUUGUUUGAUUGAAAUGUUCCAUUUGUUCUGGUAAUAUCGAUUCCAAUAAUAUCUAUGUGACAACUUA